GUGGCGCUGGGGACACACCGGGGACACGCCGGGGACACGCCGGGGUCCCGCACGCCCUGUCCCCGCCGGGGCCAUGAAGGUGAAGGUGAUCUCCGUGCUGGAGGACAAUUACAUGUACCUGGUGAUCGAGGAGAGCACCCGCGACGCCGUGGCCGUGGACGCCGCUGUCCCCAAAAGGCUGCUGGAGAUCGUCAGGAAGGAGGACGUGGUGCUCAGGGCCAUCCUCACCACCCACCACCACUGGGACCACGCCAGGGGCAAUGAGGAGCUGGCCCAGCUCCUGCCAGGCCUGCAGGUGUUCGGGGCUGACGAGCGCAUCGGGGCCCUGACACACAGGGUGACACACGGCCAGGAGCUCUCGUUCGGGGCCAUCAGGGUGAGGUGUCUCUUCACCCCGUGCCACACCUCGGGCCACAUGUGCUACUUCAUGUGGGAGGACGAUUCCCCGGACGCUCCCGCUCUUUUCUCAGGUGACACUCUGUUUGUGGGGGGCUGUGGGCAGUUCUUCGAGGGCACAGCAGAGCAGAUGCACUCCAACCUCACCCAAAUCCUGGGCACUCUGCCCAAGGACACGAAAAUUUUCUGUGGCCACGAAUGCACCGUGAGAAACCUCAAAUUCGCCUUGAAGGUGGAGCCAGACAAUGAGAUGGUGAAGGAGAAGCUGGCGUGGGCCAAGCAGCGCGACGAUGAGGAUCUGCCCACGGUGCCGUCCACGCUGCAGGAGGAGUUCCUGUACAACCCCUUCCUGCGGCUCACGGAGGAGCCUGUGCAGAGGUUCACAGGCAGGACAGAGCCCGUGGAGGUGCUCAGGGCGCUGCGCUCCGAGAGGGACAACUUCAAGAAGCCCAAGGAGAGACCCAACCCCCAGGCCAUGCUGGCCUUCGACUGGGGGCUCUUCACGCCCUUCCUGGAGAAGAAGUGACCAAGUGACAUCCCCAGGGCUCCCUCCUGGAUUUGCUCCCAGCUGGAUUUUGUCUUGAAGCUGCUUGUGUGAGGCUGCUGUGCUCUGCUCCCCCUGUGGCUGCUGGGCUUCCCUGGGAGCAGCAGCUGGGUCCCUCUGGGUGCUGGG